UCAGCGGAGAGCAGUCACGUGUUGCCGGAAAUAAAGUGCGCAACUGUUUACCGAGAAGACCGUCAGUGAGUGAUCGCACAUAAUAACACACUCUUUUAUUAAACACCAUCGCGCUGAAGUUAACAUCCGCUUUAGUCGAGUCCUGAUCGGCGGGAGAACAUGACGCUGAACCAGAACCAUCACCCGAACGGAGGAGUGCUGAUCCAGGCCGGAGAGAGCAUCUUACGAGAAUGUAAGAACGUCGAACUGUCCUUCAGUGACAUCACACCCAAGAACGACCUGUUCAAGGGGACCAAGAAGGGCUCCGUCUUCCUCACACAGUACAGGAUGGUGUUUGUGAGCAGUGUGAUGAAAGACAAGUUCUGCUCCUUCAUGUUCCCGUAUUACCUGAUGAAGAACUGCAGCAUCGAGCAGCCAGUGUUCGCCGCCAACUACAUCCAGGGCCUGAUCAAAGCCGAGGCGGGAGGCGGCUGGGAAGGCCAGUCCAACUUUAAGAUGUGUUUCCCCAGCGGAGGCGCCAUCGAGCUCGGACAGCAGCUCUUCAAACUCGCCACCAACGCGUCUCGAGGUCCUCCGGCUCAGAACGGAUCGGCCGCAGGGAUGAACGGAUACGCCAGUCCAGCCAUGCCUCAGCCGUACCCGUAUCCCAGCAUGCCUCAGGCCGCGUACAACCCCUACCCAUAUCCCCCCACUGCUGCAGGUGUGUAUCCCAGCGCUCCCAUGUACAUGGCUCCGCCUCCUCCGUAUCCCGGACCCCCACAGGACUGGUGUCCGCCACCAGUUGCUCCAGGAAAUGCCAAAGCAGCAGAAGCAGCCAGUAGUGCAUUUUACAAUCCCAGCAACCCUCACAGCGUCUACAUGCCCAUGGAUCAGCCUCCUCCAUAUUACCCUCCUGAGAAUCCCGACAAGAAGAACAUGUGAACCGGAUCACGGACUGGAUCACGGACUGGAUCAUGGACCGGAUCACGGACUGGAUCACAGCGACUCGUUUCCGACAGUUUUCAUCUGAUUCUGUGUGAUGACAGCAGCAGUUUUCAUAGAUAUACACUCUGACUUUAAUAUUUAACCAGCGAGAGUGAAAUUAACACCUGUAUUUCAUCCUGCUCAUUUUCUAAUCCUGAUGACUGUGUGUGUGUGGGUAAUUCUGUAAAUUCCUUUUGAUAAUGUAAUUCAAAUACUCACAGAUGGUAACAGUAGAGCUGAAGUGUGUGUGUGUGUGUGUGUGUGAUGUUGGCGGUGGAAUUAAACCUGUAUAUUCUCUCAGUGGUCUAGUGUUUCUGUUCAGACAAACACACUGCAGAUCCUGUUCAUGUUACAGCUCUUCACACACGUCACACAAGCCAUGGUGUAAGAAUGCCCUCCGGCAACAGGUGAGCGAUGAUGUCAUCAGUGACGCCACCGCGCCGCCAUAUUGGUAUUCCCUAGUGAGCUCACGUGUCCUAUUGAAUCAAUAGGAAAUGGUAUGAUUUGACUGAGAAAAUAUUGCCUUAAUGUUUUAAAAAUCUCCCUGUAUUCUUACAACACAAACAUCCUAAGCAUUUAAACGGUUAUUUUGUAUUAAAAUUGGCUUUGAUAAUGGGAAGAGUGUCUGUCGGCUAACAGUAAGUGAUAGUAGCUAAUGAAGAAGUGUUUUAUUUUGUGAUUUGCUCUUUGAAAGAAGAAGCAGCUUACCUCCUCAUUAAAAUCUUUAAUAUACUGUCUCAUC